UUCAAUCAAAAAUCCGAAAGCCGGCCGUAUCUCAAGGCGAUUUAUUUUCGAAUCACGCGUAGGUAAUUAUUCUCGAGCGAAAUCAAAUUAGACUCUCGACCGAAUUAAUCGCUCAACCUUCCGUUCGUCCGAACUCUUUUCGCUCUGUUUUUCCGUAGCGACGAAUUCCGCGAGAGCAUUUUUAUUCCGGAAAAAUAAAUUAGCGCAGCCCGAUAACGUGUUUGGGCCAGCCCAACCCAGCCCAUUUGGCCCAAUUGAAACCCUAACCCUAGGGUUUCUCUAUAAAUACGGAUCCCUCUCCCUUGCCCUUGGUCAUUUUGCAUUCCCACCCCUCCACUUUUUCCAGCUGCCACAGCCUUCUUCCUCCUCUCCCCACACGCACAGCUCUCUUCUUCCCUGUGCAUGGCGCAGAAAAAUCUCCCAGCCGUGCAGCAGCUCUGCGCGCUCCCCUCGGCCACCAUGGCGCCCUCCUCCCUACUCCCUGCUGGCGAGCAGCAGCUCCAUGGCGCCCAGAUUUUUUUUCCAGCAGAGAGCUUCUUCCCUGCAGGUUGCCAGCAGCCUUCUCCCUGGCCGCCGAGCUCCCUGUUCCCCUGCUCCAAGGGCGCGCACCCACCUCCCAGCGCCCUUCUUCCCCCUAGCGCUCGCUCCCUGCAGGCGAGCAGCUCGACCCCUUCCUCCCUGCGCAGCAGCUCUGCCCACUCCACCUUGGUCAGCGCAGGGCCCCUCUGAUCCGAGCUCGAGCAGUGAGCUCACCGUCGCUCAUGGAGCCCCCACUCCCUGCUACACUUUCUCCCGGCCUCCUCUGCCCAGCGCCCCUUUUUCCCUGUUGGCCGUGGAUGUUGGCGCCCUCUCUAAAACAGCAAGUUUCCAGCGCCCCCUACAUCUCCUAUGGAAAACAGCAAGCCCCCACGGCGUCCUGGUGUUCUCGCUGCUCGACUUGGCCUCGCGAGCUCGCUGUCGGGACACCCUAGCCGCUGCUCCACCGCGCGCACUACCUGCUCGACGAUAUGCGCAGCCGACUGCAUGCUGUCUUGCUUGUGUUGUGCGCAGCCCUGCUCGCCUCUUUUCGGUGUUGUCAAACUGUCGGUGUGGAGCACUGUGUCGGGGACAACAUCGUCAACUUUUAUUCUGGCGUGCUGCUCAAUCCGUGCUGUCCCGCUGUGCGUCGUAGCGCUGUGAAUCCACGGCAUGGUCUCGACGUCGCUCUCCUUGCAACGCCCCCUUGCAGCCACACCCCUGCAGCUCCCGCACGCCGCACCACAAAAAAAAUCCCGCAACCACGCCUCUCCUCGCGCUUGCCGUGCUGUCGCGCGCAGCGAGAACCAUAGCGCCAUGACUUGUUCCGGCUCGGCGAGAGCAGCCGCGUCGUCAAUCCGUGCAGCCCCGACGUCUCCACGUCUCACUUUGCCGGGUCUGCACAGCCUCUUCGCGCCAUGCGAACAGCAGCAACAACUAAGUUAUUUUUGGACCGAGAGAUGAUGGUCGAGCCAGUGAUGUGGUGCCAACCACAAGACGCAGUUGGUGGACGGCCUAAAGAAUGGACUUAACCAGUGGAUGCUCGCCAAGCGAGUAUCCUCCCCCAACAAACACUAUCUAAGUGUUAAAUUAAAGGCAAGCCCCGGUUUUAUGCAUAACCGUUAUAUAUGCUAUUUUACUGCACUUAAUGAUUGUAGGUUUGUGCUGUGCACUUAAGUGUAGGAGUUGUUUGAAACCCUAGUUGCAUGAUCUCAGGAAUCCUAUUGAGAUGGAUACUAGUAUGCUAGGUCGAGUAGCUGCUUUACUAAUUAGGGAUCUCGGUAGAAGUCGAGUGAUUUUUCUAGCACUCGCGCGAGGUCAGGAAUUGCUUGUAUCCAUUUACAUAUCGUAUUGAUGAUGGUCUGUGGACAACGGUCCAUGGGGAUGCGUUGUCUACGAGACGGAAAUUGGAAUAAGGAUUAAGGUGUGGUACCGUGAGUCAAGCGUUUGAACGUACUAAGCACAUGCCGAGAAAUAUGGUAAAUCGGUAAGCCUAGUACCUGAGUGAACCUGGCAGUGGACAUAUCCCCUCACGCGACCUGAGACGAGGUCUCCCAUUCCGGUUAUGGUGGGUACAAGUGCGGUCACUGCACGACGGCAGUCGGGGUCAGUGAGGCAUUGUACGCCAAGGCGGUGAGCCCUGAUCUGCUGACGGGGAAUCGAUGGGGACGGUUGAUGUGUGUGGGGACGGAGUGCCCCUACAUGUCGUGUGUUUAGGUUUACCUUGCAAGGAUAAAAACUCGAUUCGAAUCGUCUGCUUCUCGCAGCUAAUGAGACUGCUUGAUCCAUGCUGCUACAUUGAGUAAUAAGUGGGAAAUGAGGUGACUGGCAAAAUGAUGUUGAUUUAUAAAAUGUUUGAUAUCAUGUAUGAAUAGCUAGGUACACAUCUAGUUAAAAGGAUCAUACUAAAACUUGAAAAGCUAAAACUUGAUUUUAGACUCAGCUAGUGCUUUUGGCAAACCAAACCCCUCAUCCAAACAGCUGCAUGUCUAGAGGUAGAGGAGUAGACUCCUCACACCGGGUAAGUCUAGCUGAGUAUUAGUAUACUCAGCCUUGCUUGUGGCAUAAUUUUUGCAGGUACCUCCUUGUUUUGGUUGAUGGUGUGACUUGGCCUUCGUCCCUGCCACCGGGACAGACGGUCGAGUGGGUUACUGCUUCCGCAGGAGAGGACCAGGAGGAGUAGCGUGGCCAGGCUUCGCCAUGUUACUCGGUUCUUCUCCGUUAGUUAUUUCCGCUGCAUUAAAAUUUAUGGUUAUUAUUUCUGAAACUCCGAUAAUGUAAUCACUAUUGAUACUUAUUAAAUUUGUGGUAUUAUGCUUUAUUGUCUUUAUCUGUGCCUCACCUUCGAGUGAGCUAGUGGUAUUCGAUCCUGGUUAAGUGGCUUUAUCGGACUAGAUCCGAGGGACUGACGGGUUAUUCCUGUUUAAGUGUGUUGCUGCCCUUAAGGGUGCGACUUGGGCACUUAAGCUGGAAUAAUUCGGGCGGUUCCGCCACAGCUGGUAUCGGAGCGAAUACCAGUACAGAGAAGUCAAUAAGUCAUGAUUACCAACCUUUUCUAAAGUAAAACUUGCUAGAAACCAAUGUUGGAUAGAUCGUCAGGACGAUAAGGAUAGACCUAGGACGUGAAGCCUUAGGAAAUAGAUGGGUAGCUAGGUGGCUAUUUAUAUAGGCCAUAAAGGCUACUACUACUAUUAAUAAGGAUGUUGUAGAAGCACCCGAAAAAUUAGUUAGGUCUGAGAAGACGACUAGAAUGAGCAUGCAUGCAUCAUGAUUGUUGCAUUAUAAUUGUCUCUUAUGCAUUAACAUGCCUCUCUCACCUUUAUUCCAAUAAUAAUAACUUGUGAAUAAUGUGAUGUACUGCUAUGUUUGGAGCUAUAAGAAGUGCCUUGUCCUGUGUUGUUAUGAUAAUCUUGAUUAGGUUGUGUUAUGUGUUCUUCUUGCCAUGCUGUCUAGGAGGUACGGUAACGAUUUAGUACAUUUUUGCCUCUAACCAAUAAAAAUUGUUGCCUGUUUGGCCCAUAAAAAGACCCCCCCACUUUAACCAACCUAGUGGUUAGCAAGUGAAACCUCAAAAAAAAAUUCAUGCUUGAGCUGGUAUUUUUGUUAACCCUUGUGUGUUUUACGCUUCAAGUUACGCCUGCACAGCUUAUAGACCCCCACAGCUUGACCCCUAAAUCGACUAAAACUUCCUUGUGCACUUGUUGUGUCAAAAAAAAAAUUUUUAUUGGUGUCUAGUUGCGCAAACCCUAUCAAGGCCAUGUCUCUUUCCAUAAAUCCUUGCCCCUAAAACUUCAUAGCAUUUCUGUCGAUCAUCCUAGCUGAUCCUGUUUGCCUACCUCUCCUUUCGCCUGGAUCUAAUAAUCCUUUUUCUUGUGAAUCAUGUUUGCUUUAUCAUCCGAAUCUCUGGAUCCCUUAAUGAUUCUGCCUCGUUAUCUGGUUAU